GGGGGGGGAAUAGAGUCGAAAACAGGAAGAGAAAAAAAGAGUUUUGGCAAUGGUUCUCUGACAAGAGCCAUGGCAGCGUGCCGGUUUCGGAGGAGCAUAGCAGCUCAGCUUUCGCAUGUUCUGGAAUUGCCACCAGAAAACUUGAUAAAGUCGAUAUGCGCUGUUCCAGUGUCAAAAAAAGGGCAGGAAGCUGAUUUCCAGAUCUUUGUGAAUUCUGUGCCCGAUGCCAGCUCUGAUGAUAAUUCAAGGAGAGACAUUCAGCAUGAAGCCCAGAAUAUUGCAAAGAAGUUAAAAUGUGAUGGAGUAGUGAGCAAAAUCGGCACGGCAGAUGGAACAGUGAACUUCACAAUAAAUCGAGAGUUGUUGGCAAAGACAGUGUUGCAGCAAGUGUUUGACGAUGGCCCUCAGUAUGGACUAAAGAGUGAACUUUUCUCAGAUUUCCCCCCAAAAAAGAUUAUAAUUGAGUUUAGUUCACCAAAUAUUGCAAAGAAGUUUCAUGUAGGUCAUUUGCGUUCUACAAUAAUAGGGAAUUUUGUAGCAAAUCUCAAAGAAGCCUGUGGACAUAAUGUUAAAAGAAUAAAUUACCUUGGAGACUGGGGCAUGCAAUUUGGCCUGUUGGGAGCUGGCUUCCAGCGUUUUGGCUCUGAAGAAAAAUUACAGUCUAAUCCUUUACAGCAUCUUUUCGAGGUCUAUGUGCAGGUCAACAAGGCAUCAGAAAAGGAGGAAGAUACUAAAAAGCAAGCACGGGAUUUUUUUAGAAAACUAGAGAUGCGUGAAGAACAAGCAGUGUCAUUGUGGCAACAUUUUAGAGAUGUCAGCAUUGAAGAAUAUAUCCAAAUAUACAAGCGUCUUGGAGUAUGCUUUGAUGACUAUUCGGGAGAAUCUGACUAUCAAGAGAAAAGCCAAGAAGUUCUGAAGAUAUUGGAUACCAAAGGACUUUUGAAGAAAACAAAGGAAGGAACAGGAGUAGUUCUUCUUUCUGAAAAUGGAGACCAGUCUGUUGUCAUGCGUAGCGAUGGAACCUCCCUCUACCUCACAAGAGAUCUUGCAGCUGCUAUAGACAGAAUGGAUAAAUAUAAUCCUGAUACCAUGAUAUAUGUGACAGAUAAAAGCCAAGUUCCGCAUUUUCAGCAAGUGUUCCAGAUACUGAGGUUACUGGGUUAUGAAUGGACAGAAAGGUGCCAGCAUUUGCCCUUUGGGAGAGUUCAGGGGAUGAAGACUCGAAAAGGAGAGGUGGUUUUCCUGGAAGAUGUUUUGGAUGAAGCUCGCUCAAUGGUGUUAGAGAGAAGUGCUUCAGUCAAAACAACCAAAGAACUCGACAAUCCUCUUGAGACAGCUGAAAACAUCGGGCUUGCAGCACUUAUCAUUCAGGACUUCAAGGGUCUCUUAUCGUCUGAUUACCAGUUUAGCUGGGAUCGUGUCCUCCAAAACCGAGGUGACACUGGCGUCUUCCUACAAUACACACACGCCAGGCUCUGCAGGUUGGCAGAAGCUGGGGCUAACAGCAAGAGCUCGCCCCGCUCCCCGGAUUCGAACCCUCAACCUUUCGGUCAGCAAGUUCAACAGUUCAGCAGUUUAAUCUGCUGCACCACCAGGGGGCACUGUUGGUGCUCUAUGGAAGUGCAAUAAUGCCUGAAGAUAGGAUGAGAAUGGCAGUACAACAGCCAUGAAAGAAAGAAGGCAGUGAAGAAAUACAUUGCUUGGGAGAUUUCUCUCUUCAUUUGCCACCAUUGCGACAUUUUAUAAAAAGUGCAACCAGUAGUUCACAAACAGAAUUCUGACCAUACUCUCCUUAAAUGCAUGCCCUCUCUCUCUCUCUCUCUCUCGAAUAUAUAAAAUAUAAAUAGUCUACUAUAAACAGUAGACUCUUUUAUAUCCUUCACUUUUUUUGUCUCAUUUAAACAAGACUUGCAUAAGGUUGUAUGAGAUGAAACUUUUUAUUUAAAACAUGAUGUGCGGCUUGAUUUAUAAUGCAUUUUGUAACUUUUUUCUUC